AACAAAGCUGCAGCAGCGUUAAACAACGGAACAACGGAAUAGCAAUUUGUUGGGUCGCGCGAGAAUCGCCGUGGGGUCUUUUAUCGAGCGAUAUUAGUGUCAAACCGGAGGUCGUGAAAACUUCCAUGGUUAUUAAAGACUCAUCAACGCAAAGAAUAGGAUAGAAUAAAAGGUUAAUGAGUGUGAAAGUAGAUCGUACAAAAGUGCUGGAAGAGUAAAUUAUGCGAAACAUGGUUUAUAAAGUUCAGUCUGGCCUUGGUCUUGCAUGGUAUGGUUGAAUGCUCUCCUUCAUGUUUUCUAUCUUAUCUUAUCAGUAAUAUUUCUAUAUACGUUUUCGUUACGCUGAUCCAAAUUUCUAGGCCUGUCUAGUUGAUCGUUUCCUUUCGCUUCUGUUCUCCCGUCUGGGUAUUUCUUCUAACUAUUCAACAAUGAGAGAAUCUCACUCCGACACAGCUCUGAAUGUUCUCUUUUCUGCGUCCUUUGCGCUCAACAUUGCUGGUAAUUCAAUAAUCUGCUACACUAUUUUACACAAGAGGUCUCUGCGUACGACUAUGAACAUUUUAUUCGUCAACCUAUCGAUUGCUGACAUGACUGUAGGAUUAUUCAUGUCGCCAUGGUUCAUCUUCAUCAAGCUGUUCCAACAUCCGACGGGAAAUCCCGGCCUAAUGCUCUGCACGUUUUUGACCGGCCAAACACUGAUGCUGUGUGGAGGAGUCGUAUCCUUCUGUACUUUACUCUCCAUCUCUAUCGAGCGCUAUUACGCAAUCAUUCACCCGCAUUCGUACAAAGGGCGCCUUAGCACCCGUAAAGUAAGGAUUAUCAUUAUCCUGUCAUGGGUGUUCGGGAUUCUUUGGGUCGUGCCGCAAAUGUUAACGCGAAAGUAUAGUGAGGAGAAGCAGUUCUGCGUUGGCGAUUGGCCUAAGAGGUGGCACGUUAUAGCCUAUAGUAUAUGUUGGCUUUUAAUCGCUUUUGUCAUUCCAGUUUGCAUUAUGGCAGCUAUAUACCUUCGAAUAAUCAAUGCCCUUUGGCGCACGGGGAACAAAACGGUGAAUAUAUGCCAACGAGUGCGCAUGCGAAGUCGCAAGCGCCUUACUAAGAUCAUGAUUGCUAUAACUAUCAUCUACUGCUGUUGUUGGGCACCGGUCACUAUAUUCUACUGUGUUUCGUCCUUUGUUUCCACAAUGCAAGCGGGCUCCCUGUGGCAUAAGGUUGGAAUCUUGAUGGUGACUCUAAACUCCAGCAUUAAUCCUGUGUUGUACAGCUACCAAAGCAAUCAACUGAAGAUACACAUCAAAAAAACAAUGAAAAAUCUUCUGUGCUGCUUUAUUAAGAGAGGGAGAGUUGAUGUUGUUAGAGAGUGCCAACCAAGAGCCUUCGUAGGCAACAACAGCACUUUGACUACGCGCCUGACUUAAAAAAACUCUUUGUAUCUGAAUAAGAAUGAAAACGCUUCUGUGUUGUUUCAUGAAAAGAGGGAAGAUCGGCGCAAUUGAUCUAUGAAUCGACAUUUCAACAUUUUAACUACGCGUCUGACAUGAUAAACUGUUUGGGCGCUAUUGAAGAACCCCUAUAUCAACACUAUAUCUUAUUUGAUAUAUAGUUUUUAAGUCCUUCGACUGUUUCACUCUGGUCUCUAAUGCCAUCCUCUAUAAAUGGUGAGUUAGCUCGAAAACGUAUGUUACUCUAGCUCACCAGCACUACUUUCAUUUACUUUUAUUUCAUUCUUUAUUUAUUAA